GUUCUCAGAAGGUUGUGCUUAAAUCAUUAAAUAAUUCAAAUGAAAAUAUGGAAAAAUUUUUUGAAGAGGCAAAAAGAUUUAUUCAAAUUAGAUCUGGUGAUAUUGUUAAUGCGUAUGGAAUAACCAAAAUUAAAACUUCUGAAAACGAUAAUUUUGCUAUAGUUAUGAAUUAUUUUGCGGAUGGAAAUUUAAGAGAUUAUAUAAAGAAAAAUCAUUCAACACUAACUUUACAGGAUAGAGUAUUCGCCAUUUGGCAACUAAAUAAAUCUUCUGACAUAAAUGGUGUUAGAUCGAAAAAUUCAGAAUCACAUACAUCAGCCUCUAAUAUGAGUAUUAAAGAUGCAGCUGUUAGAAUUGAACCUUUUCUUCAAGACACUAUUCUCUUAGCUUAA